UUCCGUCAUCCAACCUUCCAUCGAACGUAAAGCAACGAAAGCUCUCUUCUGCCCCUCCUCCAACACCACGACGAACAACUUCAACUUUAAACUAAGCUUUGGUUGAUCCCGACCAUCAUCAUUCAACACCACUGUCCUACUUGCACGAACUGUGUGCGUACCAACAAGCCAAAUCCCUCCUCUCAACAAAAGCGACACGAGCCUCUCCACCAACUGGAUCCAAAAGCGCAUAGCUCCGCGACCCAGAUUAAACCUCCGAGUUCCCCAGUCCUCCCGGCCGAUACCACUUCGGGAUCUACUUCUAUGUUGCGCCGCACCGUCUUCGGCCUCGCCAGAAGCGCCAUUCCCACCAGAAACUCCGCCACCUCGUUGAGCGGCGUCUUCCGACCACUCUCCACCACCACCAGCAUCAUGGCUUCUUCGUCGACCGUGACGUCCGAAUCCCCUUCUUCCACUACCCCAAUGGAGGAUGCGAUUCGUGAAAAGAUAACAACCCACCUAGCCCCCCGCACCCUCCAAAUCCACAACGACUCGCACCUGCACGCCCACCACUCCGCCAUGCGCGGCGUCACGUCUCGCGAAACGCAUUUCCGAGUCGUGAUCUCAUCGGACGCCUUCAAAAGAAAAAUGCAGCCGGCGCGCCAUCGAUUGGUUUACGGAUUGCUCAAGGACGAGAUGGCGAAAGAGGGCGGGAUCCAUGCGUUGCAGCUGAGGACGAUGACGUUGGAGGAGGAGGAUAAGAGGAGAGACAAAGAGGAGGCGGAAGAAAGGGCAAGGACUUGCAAGGACUAGUUCUAGCUAAGGGGAUGAAGUGGAUGGUAUGAAAAGAAAAAGAGAAAAAAACGGAGGGAGGUGAAUGACAGGAGAGAGAGGAUAGGGAUUACAUGUGAUGGUUUGGGAUGUUGCCAGCAGGAGAUCUGAUAUGAGAAAGGCAGAAGUUGAAGAAAGAGAGACAAGGAAAAGAGACAGAGAGGAGAGAGAAACGAAAUGAUACCCAUGAUUCUAUAGAACGCAUCAACUUUGUACGGCGAGAGCAUCUUUAGACCCAGACGGAGGUGUCAGCUUGUCACGAUAACGAUCUGGCAAAGAAGUAGAAUACAAGUUAACGUAAAUUAGACAACAAAGCUCGCUCGCUACGCUUGCCGUCCU